CACGGGACGGGAAAGUCCAAUAUGGAUAAUAAUACGGUCAAGACCCAAAUAAACAUAAUAUAUGGAAAGAUGUUCCCUGGCUCCCAAUCAGAGACACCUGAUAUGGUGACGUGUUUCUCAUGAUCUCAAUGGUUCCCAAGAACAGAAUAUACCGGUAGUCACCACUUACCAAUGUUUAGGGCUCCAUCCGGCACAUGGUUCUCAGCACCGGAAAAUGUAUUCGAAUAUCACCGCACAGAAACGAAUAUGCUAUGCCACUUCACAGUCGUCAUUGGCUGGCUCGAGCUCUUCUUCAUUAUCUUAUCUUUCCUUUUCUGACCUACGAUCAUAAGUUCAGAGUCAAAUCCGUCCGCUUCUUCAACGGCUGGGGAGCUUCCGAAGCCUGCACUGUCGCGGAACUGACGCCUGAGUGUCCAUACCCUCAAAACAUUGGUACACCGGUCAACUGUGCUGUUAAGAUUAUAAAGCCCCAGAGCCCCCAAAAUAUUGUCCCAAUUGGGGCCAGGAGAGAGAAUUUGAUUGAAGGCUCAGGUGUGGCUCGGGGUUAUCUUAAUGUCAAUGCCAAGAGUGUGGCAUCCUUUAUUUCGCCACCUUCAUUGGCAUCAUCUUGCGAGAGGGUAGCGACACGUUUCUACUACCCUGGAGACCCAGAUGCUUUUGCAGAAAUUGCCUAUUUGGUGGGGCUUCUGGAGUGGUUUGCAGUUUUUCGAGGUCAACGCUCUACCAUUAUAACUUUGUCUUUGUUCAUGAUUGCUAUCUCGACCGCGAUUUCUCUUGCUACCGCAGAUACUGACCUAUCCGGAAUCCAGCAAACCUUACAAGAAAGCAUCCUUGACAGCGCCGCAGUUGAGGGUUCUCGAACACCGCUUCCAAGCAUAUAACUCUACGUAGCUAGUGGCUUCUGUCCAUAGACAACGGUUCUUUGCAGGUAUUAAUGUUUGCGUUUUGCUUGUGUGUAGAAAAACAAUUUGAUGCAGCAGGA